AUGGGAAAUAAAUUUAAUAGCAAAUCGUGCCGUCUACUUGUUAUGAUGGUUUUAACAUCUACCUUUUUCUUGGCUGAAAUAAUCGUUGGUUACAUUACAAAAUCGAUGGCAUUAGUGGCAGAUUCUUUCCAUAUGCUGUCUGAUGUAGUAGCCUUAUUUGUCGGAUUGUUCGCGGUCCGGAUCUCAAAACGGCGUUCUGAUAAGAAUACAUUUGGUUGGGCUCGAGCCGAAGUGUUGGGAGCGCUGGUAAAUGCCGUAUUUUUACUGGCUUUAUGCUUCUCAAUCUUGGUUGAAUCUUUGAAGCGAAUUAUUGAACCAGAAAAAAUUGAAAAUGCUAUCUUAAUUGUUGGCGUUGGUAGUGGUGGCCUUUUCUUGAAUCUAGUUGGAUUAUUCCUAUUUCGAGGUCACGGUGGUCAUGGCCACAGUCACGGUGGCGGUGGUGGCUCACAUGGUCAUAGCCAUGCAAAUAGCAACCGUACUCAAAAAUUAGAAAAUGGCAGUGUAACGUCUGGUGAAGAUAACAACAAGAAAGCUACUCAACUCCAAAGUAGUACCCAAAUGAAUAUGAGAGGAGUAUAUUUACACGUUUUGGGUGAUACUUUGGGAUCCGUGAUUGUUGUCAUCAGUGGAUUGAUGAUUUAUUUUAUCGAAGAGAAUUGGGUGAUUUACAUUGAUCCAGGAAUGAGCAUUCUUAUGGUGAUUAUUAUAAUGAAAACUACUAUUCCCCUUCUUAAGGAAUCCUCUCUGAUAUUACUGCAAACGGUGCCAACACACAUUAACGUGGAAGAAGUUCAAGAAAGAUUAUUGGAUACGAUUAAUGGUGUCCUUAGCAUUCAUGAAUUUCACGUCUGGCAGUUAGCUGGCAACAGAAUAAUCGCGUCUUGCCAUAUCAAAUGUCGUACUCCUCUAGAUUAUGUUAGUAUGGCACGUGAUCUAAAGAAUUUUUUUCACGAGCUCGGUAUUCAUUCGACAACUAUUCAACCAGAAUUUGAAGAGGUAAUUGUAUGCUAUUUUAUUAAUAAUAUCGGCUAA